CCCCGCCCGGGCGCUGCCGGCAGGCACGAGGGGUGGGGCGCGCGGCCCGAGGUGAGGGACCGCGGGCAGGAGGGGAUCCAGUGAGUCCGCCGCCGCCGAGGGACCAGCGCGGGCCUCACCGCUGCCGCCGUCCCCACGAUCCCUGACCGCGCCUGCCCAGGCUCCGCGCCAGGAGGGGCGGCCAGACCCAGCCCCGGCACCGCGAGCUCGGGGACCCCGACGGCGCCCAGCCCGGCAAGGGGCCUCAGGGGGAGGACGAGGAGGAAAGGCGGCCUCGCCGGGGACCCGGCCAUGGCGCUGGACUUCUUGGCUGGAUGCGCGGGGGGUGUGGCAGGCGUGCUUGUGGGACACCCGUUUGACACAGUCAAGGUGAGUCUCAUCGCUGUUUUUUUUCCUCGGCGCAUACAUUGGAGAGAGGCUCACAGGGUUGGGGUGGCUGGAAGCCUGUUUCCGUGUACAGCCCCAGGUGGGCAGCUGCUUUUACACCAGGCCGGGUUGAACCUUCCUCGCUGCUUUGUCCUGGCAUCUCCCAGCUGGGGCUGAUCCACAAGCUGGGUUCGUGGCCAAGUCCAUCCUGAGCUUGGCCAGCUGGGACCGAGGUGCUGAGGUUUUCUCCCACCCAGAGCAAGGGGCACCCACAUCGUUCCCAUGCAGAAUUCCCCCAAACAGUUCCUUGAAAGAAAGAAAAGCUCAGAGAGAAAAUACAAAAAAAAAAAAAAAAAACUCGUAUCUCCCAUGAACAUGAUCUUCACCGAGUGGUGAUCGUCCUUACAGAGAAUCCGAAUGAUGGUUUCCCACGUGCCAGAGGCCUGAGGAAGGGCCCUGUUAGCCGGUUCCUUGAUAACACCCCACACCUCCAUGAACCGGACUUCCAGGUUCUCAGACCCCCCAGAACAGAAACCAAGGAAAUCUAUGUCCUCCAGCUGGAAAUUCUCAAAUAAAUCCCCACCCUCCACUUGUGGUUGGGCUGUAUGUCCUGAAAGUAGCCCAGUGGGGCCCUUCUUCGCCCUUUUCCCUGGGCCCCAGGGCAAGCUGUGAGUGGCGCUCACCAGACCAGCCUUGUGCUUGUUGGCAGCGCUACAUGUGGCCCCUCUUCCCACUGAGGGAAGGCACAGCUGACGGCAAGGCAGAAUGUGCACCCUGAGCUAGGUUUGAGGGAGGCUUCUGGUCUCCUUUUCUAGUGAGCCCAGGUGUGUGUUGGCAGAGACAGUGACUUACCAUAGGGCUGAGUUGCAUCCAGCACAAGAGUGAGGGCCCGGCCUUAUGCAUUGGCUGUGACCUUAAAAAGCUCUGUCCCUGGGCCUUGUGCAGGUCCGGGUCCCUCUGCCAGCCGGUUUUCUGCAUGACCUUGGGCAAGUCCCUGUAUCUUUGGGCUCAAACGUUGUCAUCGUGCCAGUGCUCAACAGCAUAAUUUAUGUUGGAUUAAAUGCUAGCUCUGAAAAGCACAACUCUUCUAUCCACUGUGGGCCAAUUUGGGGAGGAGGCUGAAGGGCCAGGCUUUCUUGGCAGGCAGUGGCCCCACGUUUGCUGCACCUGCCUGCCGAGAGUGAGGCUGUGCAGAGCCUGCCCACACAGCCCCCGGCCCCAGCCAUGCCCACGCGCUGCCUAGCCAGGCCACCCGUGAAGCCUCCCCCAGGCCAGAGCAGCCCAGGACAGCCUGGUAGUGUCCACGUUGCACUGUGUUUAUAUCUCGUGGUCAUGUGUUGUGAAUGCCUCUUGCAGCCAAGAAGAGCUUCACAUUCACUUCCUCUUUCCAGCUCCAUGGAGGCCUGGGCUCUCUGAGCUAUGAAUCGGCCAGACCUGCUGGGCUCCUGCCUGGCCCCCUCAGGCAGCCCCUGGCAGGCCUGGGAGUACUUUCUUUUUUUUUUUUUUUUUUUUGAGACAGAGUCUCACUCAGUCACCCAGGCUGGAGUGCAAUGGCGCGGUCUCGGCUCACUGCAAGCUCCGCCUCCCGGGUUCACGCCAUUCUCCUGCCUCGGCCUCCCAAGUAGCUGGGACUACAGGCGCCUGCCACCACACCCGGCUAAUUUUUUGUACUUUUUUUUAGUAGAGACAGGGUUUCACCGUGUUAGCCAGGAUGGUCUCGAUCUCCUGACCUUGUGAUCUGCCCGCCUCGGCCUCCCAAAGUGCUGGGAUUACAGGCGUGAGCCACCACGCCCGGCCAGGCCUGGGAGCACUUUCGUCGUGGUGCUCCGCCGUCCUGAACCACUGAGCCCGCCAGCAGCACCCCUGAAGUGACGCAGGGACGGGAGUUUCUCCAGCCCGUGAGGUUUUACUCCCCAGACCCUCCUUCCCCACGUCUGGAGGGUGGUCUUUGAGAAGAUCUAUAUGUGAUCCUUUUUUUUUUUUUUUUUUUUUUUGCCACUGUCGCUCCAGCAGUAUCACAUCUGGACAUACCUACCUUAAAAAGCUGAACUUUUUUUCUUUGAGACGGAGUCUGUGUCUGUCACUCAGGCUGGAGUGCAGUGGCGCGACCUUGGCUCACUGCAACUUCUUCCUCCUGGGUUCAAGUGAUUCUCCUGCUUCAGUUCCCGCCCCCCAACCCCCCCGGGUAGCUGGGAUUACAGGCACGUGCCACCACGCCUGGCUACUGUUUGUUUUUAGUUGGGAUCCAGCACAUAUAGAAAGUGCAUACAUCCGGCCGGGCGAGUGGCUCACGCCUGUAAUCCCAGCACUUCUGGAGGCCGAGGCAGGUGGAUCCCAAGGUCAGGAGAUCAAGACCAUCCUGGCUAACACAGUGAAACUCUGUCUCUACUAAACAUACAAAAAAUUAGCCGGGCGUGGUGGUGGGUGCCUGCAGUCCCAGCUACUCGGAAGGCUGAGGCAGGAGAAUGGCGUGAACCCGGGAGGCGGAGCUUGUAGUAAGCCAAGAUCGCAUAACUACACUCCAGCCUGGGCAACAGAAUGAGACUCCGUCUCAAAAAAAAAAAAAAGAAAGAAAGUGCACACAUCCUAGGUGUACAAGUCAUUGCAAAACACAUGCGUGGGGAGCUGCCACCCAGGAGAAACAGAACAUGGCCAGCCCUCUGGGAGUCUUCCCUCCUGCUCCUAUCAACUCCUCCCUCCCCUUCUUCUGAGGCUUCCACUGGCCUAACUUCCUCCUUGUUUUUGAGACAUGGUCUUGCUCUGUCACCCCAGGUGGAGUGCAAUGGUGCAAUCAUAGCCCACUGCAGCCUUGAUUUCCCAGGCUCAAGCAAUCCUCCCACCGCAGCCUCUCAAGUAGCUGAAACUACAGGCACACACCACCGUGCCUAGCUCAUUUUUUUUUUAAGUUAUUAGUAGAGAUGGGGUCUUGAUAUGUUGCCCAGCUGGUCUGAAACUCCUGGGCUCAAGUGAUCCUCCUGCCCUGGCCUCCUGAAGUGCUGGGAUGACAGGCCUGGCCCACUGUCCUCACUUCCAACACCACGGGUCCCUUUUGCCUGGUUGAAUAUAACUGCAGCUGUACCCUAGAAUCAUCAGGGGCCACCCGAGUCUGUGUCAGUCCGUACUGUCACAUGGCCACAGACUAUCUCAUGGCUGGGACAGUCACAGUUUAUUCCCCCAGGCCCUUGGGACUGAAAUAAUCCAAGAUCUGGAUCUCCUCUAUAGCGCCCAGAACCACAGCCACCGUCCUGAAGCACACGGCCUUCACAUGUGUUUCUGCAUGAAGGGAGUUUUCUGUCCUGCUUCCUUGGACACAACAAUAAUCAGGGAGCAGUCGUCUUGACCUGUGAUGAGGGGGGCUGUCUCCAUCCAUAGCAAAAGUGUAACUUUGUUGUAGAUGGGCGUAAGCCUCACCCUGGAGAGCGCUACCGGCUGGACUUGGGCAUUCACCAGUGUCUGUGACCUGCAAAGACUUCACAACACUACCCAGGUGGCAUUGAGUAUCCAACCUGGGAAGGGACAGCUCCAUGUCACAUCAGUUGUACUCACACAGGCCUCUUAGUGCCAGUGUUGGGGCUGCAGGAGGAACAGAGAGAUCCCCCCAGAGACCCCAGAACAUUGAAGGGAAAGCAGCAAACCUCACAUCAAGGUGCUGGCCAAGAACUGGGCCUCCAGGGUGGGAGGGGUGCUUCGGGCCAAUCUUGAAGCAUUGGCUUCCAGCUGUUGAGGUCCUGGGGGUGCUGAGAUGGUACUUGUUUCCUAACAAAACAUUUUUUGUGAGUGCAUUCACCAACAGGGGGCCCACCUAUUCUGGUGGAGAGAAUUGGAAAAGGUUCCAGAAUCUGGGCAGAAGCCUGGCUCUUCCCGGUGAGGGCUCUCCCUUGCCAGCACUCCCUCCCGCCCUCACUCUGACCAACACAGCUGCUCAUGUCCCUGGAGAGGACAGCUUUGGCCAAGUUGUUAAACAUCUCUGAGCCUCAGUCUUCCCAUCUUGGAAAUGGGGGCAGUUGUCCCAAUGCCGAGAUAAUUGAGUGUGAAGCCCUCCCCUGUCCCAUGCUGCCUAGUACCGAAGGCUGUGGCCCUGGCUGUAAGAAUGAUCAUUUCUGAGUCAGACCUAGGGAACCAGCCCCUGAGAAUGUGACUUGACCUAGUUUACUCCCACCCCCCGCUCUGCAACUCUGAGCCUCCUAUUGAGCGAUAAGCUCAUAGGCAACAAAGAGUGCUUUGACAUGGAAGAGGUUCUGGGCCACUGGGCUGGGAGGCGGCGGGGCCUGACCAGCGUCCCAGGCCCCAGAGCUGCUGACGUGGGUCCCCAAGGAGGUUGUUGGCUGUUCUCUUGCCACCACUCUAUUAUAAACUCAUAACUGCUGUUCUCACGAGAGGCUACUGGCAGAGACCAGGCAGGAGCUCCUGGAGCCAAGGUCAUUGCUUUUGUUUUUAUUUAUUUAUUGAGACGGAGUGUUCCUUUCUCGCCCAGGCUGGAGUGCAGUGGCAUGACGUCACUGCAUCCUCUGCCUCACGGGUUCAAGCAAUUCUCCCACCUCAGCCUCCUGAGUAGCUGGGAUUACAGGCGUAUGCCACCACGCUAGGCUAAUUUUUUUUUACAGACACGAUUUUGCCAUGUUGGCCAGGCUGGUCUUGAACUCCUGACCUCAAGUGAUCCACCCACCUCGGCCUCCCAAAGUGUUGGGAUUACAGGCGUGAGCCACUGCACCUGGCCAGGCUUAUCACUUUUUGUGCCUAUUGCCUCGAAGCCAGUCUCUGAUGGGACAUUAGGGCAGGGGCCCUUCAGCCUAGUCUGGGACAUGGGCCGCUCACUCAGCAGUAUGACAAGCAUCACCUGGAGAACAGGCCGGUCUCAGGAGGCCGUUCAUGCCCCACCGGUAAUGCACUGUGCAGCCAUAGUGUACACAAGAGGCUUAACCUCAACUGGUCUGAGAUCUUGGGGACCCCCUACCCUGUCUCCAGCAGCCUGUCCCUGUAGCUGUUUGCCUACUGGCACCCCAUCCUGAGAAGGCAUAGAUACCUGGCCCGCCCUGCCCUGGAAUUACAAAAGUCUUAGACUGUGCCUGAGUGCCCGGCCUCCUUGGGAGACCCUCCCAGGCAGCCCGAGCGCCAGACCCGGGAGCUGGGUGCUCUGGCCCUGCCUGCCUGCCUCUCACUGGACCCUCUCCUUCCAGGUGCGGCUUCAGGUCCAGAGCAUGGAGAAGCCUCAGUACCGUGGGACGUUGCACUGCUUCAAGUCCAUCAUCAAGCAAGAGAGCGUGCUGGGCCUGUACAAGGGACUGGGGUCACCACUCAUGGGGCUCACCUUCAUCAACGCGCUGGUGUUCGGGGUGCAGGGCAACACCCUUCGAGCUCUGGGCCACGACUCGCCGCUCAACCAGUUCCUGGCAGGUGCGGCGGCGGGCGCCAUCCAGUGCGUCAUCUGCUGCCCCAUGGAGCUCGCCAAGACGCGGCUGCAGCUGCAGGACGCGGGCCUAGCGCGCACCUACAAGGGCUCGCUGGACUGCCUCGUGCAGAUCUACGGGCACGAGGGUCUGCGUGGCGUCAACCGGGGCAUGGUGUCCACGCUGCUGCGUGAGACGCCCAGCUUCGGCGUCUACUUCCUCACCUAUGACGCUCUCACGCGGGCGCUGAGCUGCGAGCCGGGCGACCGUCUGCUGGUGCCCAAGCUGCUGUUGGCGGGCGGUACGUCGGGCAUCAUGUCCUGGCUCUCGACCUACCCUGUGGACGUGGUCAAGUCGCGGCUGCAGGCGGACGGACUGCGGGGCGCCCCGCGCUACCGCGGCAUCCUGGACUGCGUGCACCAGAGCUACCGCGCCGAGGGCUGGCGCGUCUUCACGCGGGGGCUGGCGUCCACGCUGCUGCGCGCCUUCCCCGUCAACGCUGCCACCUUCGCCACCGUCACCGUGGUGCUCACCUAUGCGCGCGGCGAGGAGGCCGGGCCCGAGGGCGAGGCUGUGCCCGCUUCCCCUGCGGGGCCUUCCCUGGCGCAGCCCUCCAGCCUGUGACGCUCACCCCGCCCUCCUUCCCCAGGGCUCCUUCUCAGAAACCCGGGACAUAAAUUGGCCCCUGAGUCGAUUGCCCUGCUUCCUGCUCGGAUGCUGGGGGCUGUGGAGUCUAUCAGACUUGGGCUGAAUUUUGCUGAUAAGCUGGGUAGUUUUGGCCAAGAACUUCUUGCCUCAGUAUUCUCAUCUGUGAAAUAAGGACCCUCAUACCCACACUGUAGAGUCACGAAGGUCAGAGAUUAUUCCCAGCGGCAGCCGGCACCUGGCCUGGCCGAGGCCAUUGCACCAUUAUCCUGGAAACUGAGGCAGACACUCCAGCCCCUUUUCCGGAUCCUGGCCACGCCAUUGUGCUCCUGCCCUGCAGGCUGGCUCCCGGGGGUCUCUGAUGGCCAACCAAGGGGCCACCCAGGGACCUGCACUCCACACAUCCUCCACCCGGGAGGGUGAUGGGCCACCCCUCUGGUCUGUGUUAGGGACAGGAAAACUUGGUGUGCCUCCUGGUGUCACAGAACUGGAUCCUCUGCAUACCCCAGCUUCUCCACAUGCCACUGCUAGGGGUACCCCAGCUGCUGCCACUCCUGCUGGAGGGUGAACUGGGGACCCUGCACCCUCCGGGAAGCCAUGGAGUCUGUUGGAGGCAACAUAUCAGCCUACGGGACUAGGGUGGGGAGCAAACAGCCCAGCUGUGGAGGUCUCGACAGUUCAAGUGUGAUGCAGCUGUGGCAAGGAGAAAAGGAGAAAUCCUUCCACCUCUGGGCCUCAGGCUGCCUGUCCAUAAAAUGGGGACAUGGCCAGCUGAUGGACAGCUGAGUCUCUGGCCCACCUACCACCGCCAGCCAGGAUCCCCCAAGGUGUGCAGAGGGCUUAGCAGAGAACAGUAUGGGACCCCCCCCACCAGGGCUGGAACACCUCCAGCCACAAAGAAGCCAAAGGUCAGUCCCUCUGCUCCCCAGUAAAUGGUGCCUCCCAGACAUUCUCAGUGCCAGGGCUUCAUCCCCGUGAAGGCACAGGGCCCGCUAGUGGGCACAGGGGUGGCUAGUUGGGGCCUGGGGCAGAAGAGUGCCGCACCAGGCGUCCUGGGGAAUGUGCUCAGUGAAGAUGACACUGGGCUUUACACAGCCUGGUGUCGCUGUACAGAAACUGUCAAGGGAAUAAAGUGUUCUUUGUUUUUUAA